GAGGAAAACAGAUGACAGUCCCUCCCAUUCUCUUCCCUAUGUGCAAGAUUGCUGAGAGUGAGACAUCAUAACUGGAGAGCAGAGAGAAAGAGACAGACGGAUACUCGAGACUAUUGGCCAACAAUGAAGCUUCUACUAGUGUCCUUCUUCUGGGCUAUCAUAUGCACCAGUGAAGCCAGAAAAUGCAAACACUGCUUGGAGCGAUACUCUGAUCACUGCGAGUCCGAAGAAACCAUAGACUGCGGCGACAGCAAAGGAUGUGGCGCAGCGUCUGGCUUUUUUCAGAAAGGGUCGGAAAGCACACCUUUUUUUUACAAAGGUUGCCGGUUUCCCAUAAAAUGCAAUUCCUGGCUGUGCAUUUCUAUGAAUGGCACCUACCUACAGUCCUACAUCACGUGUUGCAAUGGGGAGAGGUGCAACCAGGUCUAUUAUAUACCCAGCGAUGCAGAUGAACCGUAUAAUGGCAAAGAAUGUGAAUCUUGCUACUCAGAAGACACUGCGGAUGGAUGCAGCUCCCCGCAGAAACAGAAGUGUAGAGGUGAUGAGACGAUGUGUGUGCAUUAUGGAGGAUCUCGCAGGAAACAAGAUGGAGAAGAAACUGCUGUUUCCUUUAGAGGCUGUGCCAAUCCUUUGGCAUAUGAAGAGUUUGAGUUUUUCUAUGGCUUUGGAAAAACUGGGACUAAAUUCUUUACUAGUUAAAAAAUUCAAAGACCUGUUAGGACAACCAGUGCAGAGUGCAGUUAUAAAAGUGCAGCAAUCUGGGAGCUACCGGGUUUUCCCCGAAAAUAAGCCCUACCCUAAAAAUAAGACCUAGCACAAUUAUCAAGGAGAGCUGCAAUAUAGGCCCUACCCUGAAAAUAAGCCCUAGUAAAGUUAAUAAUAAUAAAAAAAAAUUAUCCACUUUGUAAAACGUCCACACUGACAUAAGGUCUAGUGUCCCCCCCCCCGACAAGGAUCAUGUAAAAUACUCCAUCCACAGCCGCUGCUGACCCGCCGGAGGUCUUCACCUCUCCUCCCCUCUCUCUGCAGUGCUCGGAGUGGGCUGACGUCAACGGGAACCUCGGAGCGGAAAAGUUGAGCUGAGGCUAGGGUGACCACGUGUCCCGGAUUGCCUGGGACAGUCCCGCAUUUUGCAGGUCUGUCCCGGGCACAUUCAU